UUCGUGGGUCAGCGUGGGCGGCCCCGUGUGGCAGGAGAGGAGCGAAACACGACACCCCGCCAGAGGAAGGGGGGGGCAGAGAGAGAGAGCACGAAGUGUCUGAGUGAGUGGAAAAAGUCUGAGGGAAGGAGAAAGCACAGGAGUCGGUACUUUUGUUCCCUUCUGAAGCGCCGCAGUUGGACUGUUGCUGAGGAUGAGGAGGGUGACGAUGACGGUGUGGAGGAGGAAUCGACCAUGCGACAUGGCUGCAACAAACGGGAUGAACAUUUAGACUCGUCGCAUUCCGUUGCUCCAGUUCCGAGCAGCACGGCUCCUCCAAACUUUGACCUGCGCCAUUCAGACCCGGGCGGCUGGAUUCCCCCCCCUCUCCUGAGACUCGGGGCAACUUUUCCGCACCAGAAGCCCCGCAAGUGAACGACAAAUACUCCAGCGCAAAAGUUUCUGAGCAGGCGUAGUUGCGUCGCGAUACACCGCUAAACUCCAUGCGAAGUUUGCGGCGGGUUUUCAGUUUGAAAGCGGAGCCCGUAAUCGGGGCAGGCUCCUUCUAACGAGCCGCCUGUGAGAACAACACCGGAGGAAGGAGUGGGGGUGUCGCUGCUAACUUCGCUAGCUAACUUUGCUAAGAGCUAGCCAACUAACGCUUAAAGUUGACGGGGAAAGUGUACGAAGCGGCGGCGGCGCACCGAAGACGACCACAAAGAUGAAAACCCCGGCGGAUACGGGGUUUGCCUUCCCAGAGUGGGCCUACAAGCCGGAGUCGAGCCCGGGCUCCAGGCAGAUCCAGCUGUGGCACUUCAUCCUGGAGCUGCUCCGGAAAGAGGAGUACCACGAUGUCAUCGCCUGGCAGGGAGACUACGGAGAGUUUGUCAUCAAGGACCCAGACGAGGUGGCCCGCCUGUGGGGGGCCAGGAAGUGUAAGCCGCAGAUGAACUACGACAAGCUCAGCCGAGCACUCAGAUACUACUACAACAAGAGGAUCCUACACAAGACCAAAGGGAAGAGGUUCACCUACAAGUUCAACUUCAACAAGCUGGUGCUGGUCAAUUACCCCUUCAUUGAUAUGGGCUCAGGCCGAGGAGUUCCCCAGAGCGCCCCUCCCGUGCCAACCGGGGGCACCCACUUCCGUUUUCCCCCCUCCACACCAUCUGAGGUCCUCUCUUCCAGUGAAGAGCUGCGCAGCCCGGGCAUAUUCAGCAGCAUGGGCCGUCGCAUGGCCCGCGGCUCCGUGAGCGACUGCAGCGACGGCACCUCCACCAACUCUGAGCUGGAAGAGGCUGUGGGUGCAGAGGACAGGGGUGGGGGUCCUGAGAGGGCUUUCAGGAGUCUCCUUCCUCCUCGCAUGCCUCAUGAUUCUCUAUUCAGGGUCUACAGUGGAGCUCCAAAUCCAGGGCUCCCCAGACCUGCUCCCAGGGUCCAUCCAGAGCCUCUGUCCCCAUUCCCCAUCUCCCCUCUACCCGGCUCUGGGGGUCUGCUGGCCCCAACUCUCUCCCCAGCCCUGUCUAUGACCCCCACUCCCCAUCUGGCGUACACCCCUUCUCCCUCCAUGUCGUCUCCCAUGGUGGGCUCCCACUUUUCCUUCAACCCGGAGGACAUGAAGCACUACCUACAGGCUCACACCCAGUCCGUUUACAACUACCACCUUAGCCCCCGAGCAUUCCUCCACUACCCCAACAUCGUCAUCCCGCAGCCCCACCGCCCCACCCUCGAGAAACCAGCCGCUGCACAUCACCUCCACGGCCCACCCAUGCCGGUCUCUCAUUCACUCAGCCAGCAGCCGGGAGGUGGGGAGGAGGGGCACCAGCACCCAUCGCCGUUCAAGUUCAAGCUGCAGCCACCUCCGCUUGGACGCAAGCAGAGGGAAGCAGGAAGCUCACUGGCAGCUUCCUCCUCUUCUUCCUCCAGCCAGUCCUCCUCGUUUACUGGGUCUGGUCAUAUGACCAGCUCUCUCCUGAGCGGACCGCCUAAGAUCAAGGUGGAGCCCAUUUCAGACAUCGAGUCAGAAGAAGAUGUGGAGGUGACCGACAUCAGCGAGGAAGACGAGAUGAACCACAAUGAUGAAGGCGAUAUGUUCACCCCGACAGCUGAGCACAACAAUUACCAUCAGCUCAACAACCAUCAUCAGGCUAACGGGAACAGCAGCAGCCCCUCUGCUCCUCUUCCUCAGCACGGUAACCCUGACGACGACCCCGAUGAUGAAGUCUUCAAGACUCCUGCCACACCUCCUCCCGGCAGCGGCGGCGGUCUGGCCUUCCCUCUGAUCGGUGUGAAGAGCGAGCCGGGGAGCCAGGCGGCCCCCAUCAGCCCCGGAGGCACGCGCUGCAUCCCGCUCAAACUUCGCUUCAAGCGCCGCUGGAGCAAAGACCAGAAGAUGGAGGCAGAUGGAGAGCGGGAUGAGGCGGAGGACAAGAAAGUGAGGGCUGAGGGAGAGGAGGAGGUGGAGAGAAGAGGAAGUGAGGUAGAGAAUGGAGGAGGAAGAGGGGAGGGGGUUAUUUUGGGCCUGAUGCUGCCACCACCUCCCACUCAGCGCAGAGCGAGCUCCGAGCUGCAGAGGGCCACGGCGCAGCUGUCUCUGGAAAACCCUGGCUGCUGAGCUCCACGCCCACACGGAGGAUCUGACUCGGAGACAAAACCUUUGAUCGUUCGGGUUCGACCAGAAAGUCUCGUCGGUCCUCGGCAGCAGUCGCAAACGUAGCAGGUUUUGAUUCGGAGACUUCAUUCGAUGCUUAAAUGGAGCCAAAACUGAAAGUUUAAACACUUGGAUUUAGUUCUUCGGCUUUUAUCUGAACGUGUGUGUGUGCAUCAUGUGCAGGAUUGUGUGUUUUUGUGCAAUAAUUAAAGGAGUUAUUGGCCACUUCUUUAAUUACACAGCAGAACAAAAUAUUUUCCUGCAUAUGAUCCACAAACAUUUGACUUUCAGGUUUCGUCACCGUUUAUGCACCGUCGGGUCUUGGCGGUCAGUACUGUCAGCAGGUCGCUGCUCGGCAUUAUGAUGUAUGUAAAAGCUUGUGUUGCCUGUAAUGUACAGUAAGGCGAGACGCCCUCGUGCUCCUCGUAUCUCGUCAGACACGGCGGACGUCGUCUCUCCUGCGACUCGAACACUAAGAGAUAACCAAACUUUUCCUUUUUAAACAUUAGAGCCUUGCAGAGAGGGCGUCUACUCUUAAUACCCAUUUGCACACUGCCUCAAUCCCUCCGCGCCCUCGUAGUGCCAGUAAGGUCUGCCAUGCCCCGCCCCUCACGUCACACGUGUGCCCAGAUUAUGUCUUUAAUGAGAUUUAUGGGUCCCCCUCCCGGAACAGGAGUCCACAGACCCGGAUAGUAGAAACAGAUAUUUUCCCUUCUCUCCUUCAUUCUCACUGUAACAGACAGUUCCUGGUUUAAAGACUUUACCCACCCUGAUAAAGACGAUAGAAGUGCCUCUGUCUGCACCCAUCACCAUGCAGUCGUUUACAGGAUGGAGGGCAGCGAGCUAAAAAUGAAACUGACCUCGCUCUGAAGGAUCUCAGACAGACUCGAGUUGAUUAGAAAGAGCUCAGCAAUCAGCGGGGAUGCCGCGAACCCGAGCAGCCUCCUCGUCCCCGUUCACUGUACAGACGGUAGAUGAACGGAAGCUGAAAAGGAGAGGAAGGCUUUCGUGAACUGACUUUGACCUCUCGACCCCCGACCUGUCAUCCAGAUUAUUUGUAGAUGGAUUCGAUGUUGUACAGCAGAACCAGCCGGAUCUGGGAGGAGAGCAGCGGAUACUUCUCUCCAGUUUUUUCCACUAGCAAGGCUGUAAUUACACACACACAGAAACAAUUGUGUGUGUGUGGGGGGGGGGGGGGGGCAGAGCUGGUGCACCGACCUCGAGGAUACUGAAGGUUCCUCCUGUGUGGCUUCACACAAUCUCCGAGGGGCUUUCUGAAGGUUUGAGGGCGCUUGUAGUGUUUGAGCCCCAAACGCUGAGAUUGAGUCUGUGCUGCAUUCCCCUGAUCAUUGUUACUGUUUCCACACUGUCGAGACGUUUGUGCCUCUCAAGGACAUGGACGCUGUUUUAGGGCAUUUCUGCAGUGAUCUGAGGGCUUUCUGUGUUUGGAUGUAAUCUGUUCACCUGAUGGUUUUUCUUUUUUUUAAGAGCAGCGAAUUGUCUGGGGGGGGGGGGGGG